CUGCACCGCUCGGGAUUUCUCUUUCGAGUUUCUUCGUCCUUGUCAUCAAUCGACCAUUCUCGAUCGCCCCCCGCGGAGCGGUGCUCGCUAACCGUGGCAACUCGGAAUAGCCAUUUUUUUGUCUUUGUUCCCUCUUGUUUUCGUGUUCUUUGCUUUCGCUCCCUCGCCAGCAUGUACGCAUAUAUGUUUUCGUCAUGUUGUGUCUCGCAUUUAUUACCGGUUUCUGUUUCUUUUUCCUCUCUCUCUCGCGCGCUCUUUCCCUUCCCCUCUUUCGUCGUCAUCUUGUGACGUCACGCGCACGCACACAGUAGCGCGCGACGUUGACGCCGAAUCGACGAUUCCCGAAAUUUUUUGCAAACUUCCGGUGAAAUGGGCCACGUUCGCGGAGAUCACCAAGAGUGACGAAAUACUGAUUUUCUGGCUAGGCUAGUGGCAUUUAUCGGCUAUUUGAAGACUGUGAACACGUGUGCUGUGUGUAUUUAUCUUGGGUGAUUUUUAAACACGCUAGUUUUGAGGAAGGAAAAUUCUUGAUACACGCUGUACAAAAUGAAGUGGUCGAACGCUACCCCCUUUAACGAACAAGUGGGCGAAUUGACACGUGUAUUCUCCCAAUGGAACGAGUGCGAACAAACUGUCGUUCUUUAUGCACUACUGCGCCGUAUACCAGCAGUUCAAGCAAGAUUCCUUGCACAGGCGGUGCAGCAUUCUCUGCAUUCUGUGUCGGAAUUGGGUAUGAAGGAAAGAAAUGCCAAUGAUCCAGAGUACAUUGGUAAAUUAAUCGGUUCAGAUAUGCAACAGGCGCUCAGUAAACUCUUGUUACAUUUGCCCUUGCUGAAUCCAAGUAAUGCAGAGUGCAAAGCAUGCUACCUACGGGUGAUACCAGAAUUAGUGAACUACUGCGUAACCACGGGACAAUUCACAGAACAGACGCAGCAACUCCUGAGCUAUACUCUGAUACAUCCAGCUAUAACUAGUCAAGACAGACGCUUUUUAACUCAGUGGCUUAAAGACUUGGAGGAUCGCAUCAGCAGUAGCACGGUGCCAGUCACUUGCGCUGUCGAAGAUUAUUCGAAUACUCAAAACAGUUCUUUCCAUGUAACAAGAUGGGACCACGUACCGUGGUUGAGAAAUCCUAAGCAACAGAAUGAUCAGAAUUUCUUCAGUGGGCAACCGAGCACUUCAACCUUCAACCCGCAAUUCCCGCCGCCCAUUAACCGUCAACGUCGCUCGAAUAGCCUGACACCACCCGUAGCGUCGUCGCAUCAUCUCGAGAUCGGCGAUCGCGCUGGCAAUAUGAACAACACGAGCAGGCACAAGCCACGCAGCUUUAGUGUCUCCGGAGAUCACACUAGCAAUAUUAAUAUUGGUCUGAGUCCGUUGAGCCCGCAGAGCUCCUGCGCGAGUAGCGGCAGUGAGAGUCGUUUGGACGAAGCUCCGUUUCGUACUCUCGCGAGCGGCAUGAGAGAUGUACCAGCAUGGCUUAAAUCGUUACGUCUUCACAAGUACAGCAACCUGUUCGCCAAUAUAAGCUACGAGGAGAUGUUGCAAACGACGGAGGAGCAAUUGGCCGAGCAAGGAGUUACAAAGGGCGCCAGGCACAAGUUGGCGCUCUCUAUCGCAAAGUUGCAUCAGCGAUACAAUUUGCUCGUAAAUUUAGAAAAGAAUUUCACACAAUCGACCGUACAUCGCGAUGGUACACAAAAUUCGUUCUCGUACGGUCCAUUGUUGCUCGUCAAUACGAUGGACGAACUGAAAACGAUCCUGGCCACCCCGUUGAAACCGACUCGAGAAAACGAUCCGCAAGAUAUUCCCGCGCAGUUUAUGAAGGUGGUUGUAAAAUUGUGCGGUUGGAUGGUUCUGGACAGUGUGGACGACAGUAUUCUGUGUGGAUGCGUCAACAUUUUGGAGAAGGUAAUGCAGCACGAUUGUUUCUCGCAGAAGCAGAAGGAAAGAGUGCAGCAGUGGCGCAGCAGACUUGGCAAUCCGCGACCAGCUGCAAGAUGGCAAAACAGUUUUGGGUACAGUAAUAACCGGAGGCACGGAGGCAAUCCGCAGCAGCAUAGGAAACCGAGCCUGAAUAUGAGCCAUAUGCACAAUACCCAUGCAUUCAGCAAUCAGUUCGCAAUCACCUCCCACAGAAACAGCAUAUCUACGCCGUAUCUGCAAACUAAUCAGAAUCAGAAUCAGAAUCAGAAUAUGAAUCUGAAUCUGAACAAUUUGCGCACGAUGCACGUUCCUGAGAGAAGACCGACCAUGCAGCAGUCUAUGCAAAAAGUGCAACGUAUCGCUAGCGCGCCGCGGGAGUACCAUCUAGGACAGUCUAUCUUGGGAGUGAACGAAAGGAUGGAACCGGAAAUCGACAUCGAAAUGGAAUCGGAAAUGGAAUCUCUUUGCUACAGGGUGGCCGAGCAAGGGAUAGGGGGCGAGGCCUAAUCUUCCAUAUUCGCGUGUCCUAGGAUUUACUUCGUAAGUAAAUCCGAAUAAUGCUUUUCGGAUUUUCGAUUCCGAAAACUCAUAAAAAAGAGAGAGAAAGAGAGACUCCGUUUGCCAAAACUUGAGUGAGCAAAACGGCGCGUACUAGCGAGCGAUUAUUAAUCAUUAAUCAUGACUAAAGGAAAUAUUACAUAUUACUCAUAUGCGAAUAUUGCGUGUACGUACACACAACACACACACACGCUUACACGCUUACACGCUUACUUUUGGAAUUUAACAGCGGUACCAAAUGGAUAAAAUGUCCGACACUUGCGACAUUGCUGAGGUGAAGAUAAAUCAGCUUUGAGUGAAUGAAUGAUAAAGAGAACAUUAUUAUAUAGAUGUUCUUACAUAUUUAACACUUCUAUACGUACACUCAACUUAACAGGCGCGUAUAAAUUGUAUUUUUUAUUAUAUCUGAUGCAAUGAUAUUAUUAAUUGACCGAAUUUGGUAAGUCAAAUUCUAUUAAAAUGCUAGAGAAAUGGAUCUUUCCUCGACUCUUUGCUGCAUCCGUAUAUAUAAAUAUAUAAGAAACAAAACUAUGUACACACAUUGCAUAUAUACGAUAAGAUUUUAUGAAAGGAAUUUUAAAUCAUACUAAACGCGAGGAAAGAGUACUGAAAAAGAAAAUGGUAUUAUCCUACGGUGUUCUGCAAUAUUAUUUUUCAUGUUAUUUGUCCAUUUUGUAUAGAAUGGAAUCGGUAUAUGAUUUUAAACGGCAGAAGACGUAGGUAACAAUAUUGUACAUAAUGUAAUUCGCUUUUAACAAGUCGACUGAUUUUACUUCUUUUUACUAUUAUUACUACGAUUAAUUACAUUUUUAUUACCAACUAUUGCUAUCUCACUCCUACUAUUAUUAUCGCUACUAUUACUACUACUAUUACUACUACUACUCUCGUAAUUACAUUAUCGCUAUUAUCGUUUUUCACAACACUCCCGUGUACUAUCGCUUUAUCGCUUUAUCACUGUUGUAAGAGAACGAGCAUACUUAAAGGAUCGUCAUCUUGUCGCAUAAGUUAAUCCGAGCGCAUACCUUUAAAACUUAGUCUCAGCUGUUACCGGAGAGCAUGUAUGGCGGCAUGUAUGCUUCGUAGUUUGCACACAGAUCUCGUGAUUUUUUUUCCCAAUUUGGUUAGUGAAUUCUACUCCCUUCUCUUUUUCUAUUUUUAUGCGAUGGUAGACUACAUAAACGCGAGUAAAUAAACAAUAAUUAAGAUAUUAAGGGCCUUAUAUCGAUGGAAACGAGCGAAUCUAUAAGAGACGUAGAAAUUUCAUAUUAUAAAGUAGCAGCGAAAUUCGAGGGGGCAGACUGGCGUCACGUAUCGUGACGCGACAUCGAAAUCUGUGGCUUUAAAUUAUAAGCAUACAUCGUAUCUAAAAUCUAUUUAGCACGUCAAACUAGCGUGUCGCGAAUAACGUAGCAUAAUAUUUUUUCGUGCAAGAAGAAAAUUAAAUAUAUUAAAUUGCAUUAGCUAGUAAGUAACAAUCGAUGAUAGUGAUUUUAAAAAAAAAUAAUUAAAGACUGAUCAAUUCACGCGCCACGAUCCGUCGGUUUAAAUUUUGUUUAAAGAACGCUUCGCUGUCCUUCCGUUCGCAUGGAUCUCGUGCGCGUGAAUAGAAGAAUUGGAAGACUGCGAUUGACAAACUGUCAAAAUAUUAAAAGUUAGCAAACGUGCAGAGAGAGAGAGAGAGAGAGAGCGAGGGAGAGGGAUAGAUAUAUGAAUGAGGAGAAUAAUAUAUGAAUAAAAGAGCGUAGAGUAUUCAAAUUGAAAAGAAUAAAGGUAGUUAACGUAUAUUAUAGCGAUUAAACUUGUAAUGAUUAUAUUGCUAAAGGAUAAUACGUGUAAGAACGCGGUGAUUUCUCGAAUCCAAGAAUACCCCUGCUGAAAAUAAUAAAAACUGUACUGUAUAUCUUUAGUAACGACUUUAGUAAACGGAACGAACAACUAAUACUUAAUUACUAUUUAUUUUCACACGCAAUAUGUUCUAUUCGAUCAGUGGCAAUAGUACCAAAAAAACAUACAUAAAUGAUCAGAUUUACAUACGCAUACACACAGAGAUAUACAUAUAUACGUAUAUAUUUAUACGUAUAUAUCGAUGAAACCCGUAUGAAUUCCAAGCGAAACGAUCAAAAACUAGUCAAAUAAUACAUUUUUAAUUUUUACCAGUUAACCUGUAUAGUUAAUUAAUUGUAUAUUAAAUUUACGUGCACAUAAUAUUACCAUGAUAAUUUAGAAAUACAAGAAAAACACAGACACAUAUACCACACACAUUCACCAUGUUAUACAUGCACGUAAUAAGUAAGGCGACCCAAGCAGAGAAGACAAGCGAAAAAGCUCAAAGACUGGAAGCGAUACAUUAGAAACUUCAUUCAACGUAGGAAUUAUUAUAUCUCAUCUAAUCGAAAUGCAGCAUUUAAUCACCAACUGACAAAGGCAGGACCUGAACUAUAAGAGAGAUUUUAUCCGCGAAACUUGCGUAGCGAUCAGAAUUGAAAAAAAAAAAAACAAAAAAAAAUGAAAAAUAUUGAUCAAUCCUACCGAGGAACGAAACCGCCGCUGCGUUAACUUUCUGCCGAUCUAUUAUUAAUCAAUCGUCAUUGUUGUUUGUAGUAAGCUUAUGGGCGUAGCGUAACAUAUGUACUUAGUACCAACACAAUCUCGUUAUUAGAAUCGCUGGACAUCCGUCUUGCUGAAAAUUAAUCGGCGGCGGUUGUUUCGUGACUUCCCGGGACACGAUGUUGCCGGUGCGUACGAAUGAGCGAUGUAACAAACGGAUGGGCGUGGACGCGGAAUGUUCAAUCGCAAAGUGGAAAAUGACGAAAGAAGCAUCGAUACGAGACAUCGAUAAUGACGCGCAACGUUUCCGUUUGAAAAAUUCACGUGGCUACAUAUUGAUAGAACUGCCACUAUUUCUCUGUCAGUGUACAAGGCACCGAGACCUUGCGUUCGAGCUCUCGUUAUUUUCCAACCUACGAUUAAUACGAGCGUGUGCACAUUUUAUUUUUUCUUGACUCGCUACAGUCAUAUCGAGUUCUCCGGUCGACUUCCACGGCAUGGACGCCAGUAAAAUGUACCACGCUCGCCGUGUUUUGUUAUCCGCUCGUUGACCUCGGGGUUCAGGACGAACGAAACGAAAGUAGGAUAUGUGCGGGAUGAAAAAUUUGCGGGAUACUCUUUGGCCGGACACUUGCGAUUACCGACUGCUGAAGAGUUGUGCAUUGAUGAUUAUACUAGUAGUAGUAGUGUAGUAGUAGUAGUAGUAGUAGUAGUAGUAGUAGUAGUAGUAGUAGUAGUAGUAGUAGUAGUAAUAGUAAUAGUAGUAGUAGUAGUAGCAGCUUUAGAAUGACUUUCCUUGUGAUUUCGGGAAUGAGACGAUGCGAGUUUCCGGCUAAAGAUGUCCACGGCGACCGAGACGGCAAGCGAUAAUUACAUCCGGUGCGGUCACAACGUAAGACCCGACAAGUUAUAGUUGACUAAUUUUUGCUUUAAAAUGAAAUUAUGCGUCACGCGACCGGAAAGCGUAUCGCGGGACGCAUUUUUUUUGUAUGUGGGGAUUUCGCAUCUUCGCCCCGAGUAACUAGUGUUCACAUUUUGCCGCAGCUUCUUCAGAUAAUACUAGAUAAGCUGUAAUAAGAUCUUUUGAAUUCGUCAAAUUGCUAACCGGGGUAUCUUAGUCACAUAAGUAAGCUGGAUAACUUGUAAAAAUGCAAUUUUUGUACUGUUAUGAAAAGUUAAUAGACGAGGGUAUACUGACGUUGUAGCGUGAAGGAACAUUUUUCAAUAAAAGAUUUUUCAUACGCAUA